ACAUGUUUCCCUCUAUAAAUUCUCCACCGCAACUAGGAGCAGGAAUUCUGGUAGUUCUUUUAUGUUUUGGGACUGAGGUGAUUGGAGUCAUGGCUGUUGCCUUGAUAUUGAGGGCUUUUCUUCUGUCUGCCAUGCUGUGUCGUGUCUAUAGCUUUCCAGCUAAAGGAUAUUAUGGCCAUCAACCCCUGCCGCAGCUUGGUCAAAUGGAGACUGGUUGGCCAUCUUCAAGCUCCACUGAUGUUCAGCAGUCAGGUCCACCUCCACCUCAGACCCCUGGGCUGUAUACACAGUCCGGCCAAGGUGUGUCUCCGAUGACCUUCUCUGCUGAAGUCAAGGGCUCCAUGCCUCAAACUAGUUCUGGAUAUGAAAAGUUUGAGGCUGCCCCCGUAGCUUUUGGUUCUAAUGAACCACUUGAAGGCCGGUUUUAUUCCCCUGCAUCUGUUAAAGGAGUUCCUCAAGCAAGUCCAAUGGAGCCGUUGCCUGUUCCUGUUGACGCUUAUCUGUAUACAUCAUCGGUGUCUGAGCCUGAAUCUCAGAUGCUGUUUGACCCUCAACCGCCCAAUCCUGAGAUUCUAGUUAUAGCCAGUCCAAUGGAGCCUUUGCCUGUUCCUGUUGACGCUUAUCCGUAUACAUCGUGGGUGUCUGAGCCUGAAUCUCAGAUGCUGUUUGUCCCUCAACAGCCCAAUCCUGAGAUUCUAGUUAUAGCAAGUCCACCACCUCCACCUGAGGCUGCCCUUCCUGUGUUUGAUCCACAUUUCAACUACUGGUGGCAGCCCUCCUACAAAGCUGGGACACUCAUUCAGAGGGGUGCUACUUAUGAACAUGGCAAUGAAGAAUCUGAGUCCCAUGAUUCUGGAUACCUGCAGCCUCCCCCGCCACUCCGAGCCUUCUCUGAGAACCGUGUCCCAGAUUCUAAUGAACCACUUGAAAGCCAGUUUUAUUCCCCUGCACCUGUUCAAGGAGUAAACGGUGUCCCAGAGCCCAGUAGUUAUGUCAGUCCACCCCAGGAGUUAUAUGAUGACCGGUUCUUUGACAUGUUCAUCACUGGCCAACUUCCACCUGGUACAGUAACUCACUUCAGUUCCACCGACGACCAUGGCAGCAAUGCUUGGACCGACAUUAGCUUUGAGAGGAUUCCUCCACCCCCUUACAGGAAGGCUCCAGGUGGCUUGAGCAAAGUGCGCUAUGUUUCAAAGAUCAACACUAAGGUUCCUCAAGGUUUUUCACCGCCCCCUCGGACACCCUGGAAGUUUACUGCUGAAGCACCCUUAAAGCGAGCCUGGUGGUGACGACCAGAAGUACCAGGGGCCACCUCAUGGAUCUCCAGACUUUGCUAAUUGAAUUCAAUUAAAAAGAUAUUAAAUUCCAAGUUCAA